CGUCAACUCUACAAAAUCCCACAAUGUAAUAAGCAGCAUUUUUACAUUUCACUCUCUUAGAUUUAGACCAUUUUUCCAUUUUGGCCAACUGUGAACAGGUUCUAGCGUGAUGGUCGCCACUUUGGGUGGAGUUUGGCGUCCGUGUCAUGCACCCUGAGAUAUAGGCAAUAAACUAACAGAAUAUGCAUUCGGCCCAGAAAGACACCACCUUCACCAAGAUCUUCGUGGGAGGUCUUCCUUACCACACCACCGACUCAAGUCUCAGGAAGUACUUCGAGGUGUUCGGAGACAUCGAGGAGGCUGUGGUCAUCACAGACCGGCAGACGGGAAAGUCCAGAGGUUAUGGAUUUGUGACUAUGGCAGACCGGGCAUCUGCUGACCGUGCCUGCAAGGACCCCAACCCCAUUAUAGAUGGCAGGAAGGCCAAUGUAAACCUGGCCUACCUGGGAGCUAAGCCCAGGGUUAUACAGCCAGGCUUUGCAUUUGGCAUGCCUCAGAUCCACCCAGCAUUCAUCCAAAGGCCUUAUGGGAUCCCCGCUCACUAUGUCUACCCUCAGGCCUUUGUCCAGCCUAGUAUGGUGAUCCCUCAUGUACAACCCUCAAGUGCCACGGCAACAGCUGCCGCAGCCGCUGCCACCUCGCCAUACCUCGACUACACUGGUGCUGCUUAUGCGCAGUACUCGGCGGCAGCUGCCACCGCCGCAGCAGCAGCUGCGGCCGCCUAUGAGCAGUAUCCCUACGCGGCCUCCCCGGCCCCAGCCGGCUACAUGACAACAGCCGGUUACGGCUACACGGUCCAGCAGCCGCUCGCCACCGCUGCCACACCGGGUGCCGCGGCCGCCGCAGCCGCCUUCAGCCAGUAUCAGCCUCAGCAGCUGCAGACGGAUCGCAUUCAGUGAAAAGGAAAUCAUGUAGUUUAGAAUCAGUUGAGAGGUCAUCACCUCUGUACAAUGAUGGUUGUCCGCACAAGCUUUUAACUUGAAAAGUGAAGAAAAAUCCCAGGACGUGCAAACGAAUACUGUAUUUUAUUCAAAUUGGAUCAGUAUUUUUUUUCUCCAUUAUUUAAUAUUUAUACAUAAGCAAAAAGAAUGAAUGUUAAAAGCUGACUAACUUGACCUCAUUACUCAAUUUUGUGUAUUGUAUAUAUUUUGUAAGUGUUCCCAAGUGCAUUUAUGUCUUCUAAUCAGGUGUCUUCCCUAAUACUUUAUAUACCAAAAGAUGUGCAUAAAUGUAAGUCACUCAUGGUUCAUUUAUAGUAUUUGUUAUAGCAAAAUCUAUGCAAUCACUUCCCUCUACUUUCCCCUUAAAUAUGUACACUACUCACAAAAAGCCUUUGGCCUAAAAUUCAGGAUGAACCUCAGACUAUAAACUUUAGAAGUGAGCUAAAGUUCACCAUCUCUAAAGCAUUUAAAUGGACAUAUUAAACUCUUUUCUGUACUUUCCCACAACUUUCGCUUCCCUAACAGAGCUGAUUGCCAAAAUUUACAAGUAUCUAGCAAUGACAUUUUCCUCAGAUGUGCACUUCUAUGCUUUUCUGUGACUUUUAAUGGGACCCGAUGUAAUCAAAUGAUAGCGAAACAGCUCAAUGGCCUCGUACAAAUGAGAACAUCCCGUUUCAUGCAUUGAAAUUGCGUCGUUUGUUACAUGUCAUUUUGGUCUCAUGUCAAAAUGUAACCAGCGUGAUGCAGAGGACAAUUUAAAUACCAUUUCUAAUUGAAACUGGAAAUGCAUCAGUCGAUCAUGGCUCAAAAACUUUACAUUUUGCUGUUCAGCACCCUGUUAGAUAAGUUGUGCAAAAAUAUCUUUUGACGUGCGAUCCAAAAUUUUAGGAAAGGGCUAUUUAAAAUUGAGUUGUGUACAUGUAUUUUCAAAUGAAACAAAAAGGAGGGUCUGAAGCUAGAAAAAGCACUCCCCUCCCUCACUGAACUGCACAUCUCAAGCAAGCUCAGCAAAAAAAAAAAAAAAAAAAGUGAAUCUUCCGUUUUGUUUCCUUAUGUGCCUUUUUAAAUUAUGCUAUUUAUGUAUUUAUUAUGGAGGCUUACAAUAAACUUUUUUUGUGUGUUUGGUGUAUAGUUAGGUCCACUACAAUGUUCAAGAGUACGCUGUGGAUGUGUUACAGCACCGUUUAAUAAAGUGCUACAAUUUUAAUAGAACAAAUAAUUGGAACGGUAGCAAUAAUUUCUGUCAAGUUUGUCAAGUACGUUCUUAAAUGUUGCCUGUUUUCAUUUCUUUAUGAAGGAUGUCCCCCCAAAAAUGUAUACGUCCUGUUGCAGCUGAUAAUUUGUAACAUGUUCACACUUGAACUGCAUUUUCAUACUUCCAGUAGCAUUUGAGAAUGAAUAACCUGCUUUCAAAGUUUAGUGUAGCCUCCAUCAUUGAUUCAACUGCUAAAGAAAGUAUUUAUUUUGGGGGACACCCUAUACAUAUAUAAAAUCAUGAACUGAUUUGGAAUGUGAAGUGCAAUGGUAUUUUUGCCUUGCAUUUUCCUAUACGUUAUUAUAAGGAAAUUUAGCAGGAAUGUUUUAUAUUAAA